AUGAACUGUGACCGCUAUCUGCCCUGUCUGAAGGCGGACCCCCAAGGCCGAGACAUAGCCAUCCGUCCAUUCUUGGAGCACUGUGAGAACACCCACAUGUCCAUUUGGCUGGGCAUUGUUUAUGCCUACAAGGGACUGCUAAUGUUGUUUGGCUGUUUCUUGGCAUGGGAGACCAGGAAUGUGAGCAUCCCCGCUCUCAAUGACAGCAAAUACAUCGGGAUGAGUGUCUACAACGUGGGCAUCAUGUGCAUCAUCGGUGCUGCUGUGUCCUUUCUGACCAGGGACCAGCCCAAUGUCCAGUUCUGCAUCGUGGCCUUGGUGAUCAUCUUCUGCAGCACCAUCACGCUCUGUCUGGUCUUCGUUCCAAAGUUCAUCACCAUGAGGACCAACCCAGACGCAGCCACCCAGAACCGGAGGUUACAGUUCACCCAGAAUCAGAAGAAGGAAGACUCCAAGACCUCCACCUCCGUCACCAGCGUCAACCAGGCCAACACCUCGCGCCUGGAUGGCCUUCAGACUGACAACCACCGCCUCCGCAUGAAGAUAACAGAGCUGGACAAGGAGCUGGAAGAAGUGACCAUGCAGCUGCAGGACACCCCGGAGAAAACCCCCUACAUCAAACAGAACCAUUACCCUGACGCCAACAACAUCCUCAGCAUACGCAACUUCACAGACGGAAAAGGUGAGAAAUGAGCCGUACUUUUCCUAGAUUUGUCUGUGUUUGGGCGUGGGAAUGUAGAUUUUGUGGCAC